GUGGAUGUCGUCGGGCAAAAAACGGAAAAUUUUCCCAGUUUUUAAAGUGUCCCCAAAUCGGUGCUCGAUCUGGUCUGUGUUCUUACAGACAGAGAAUCUGAGCUCUGUUGGAAAAGCCGGUUGGUCGCUAGGCGCUUAUGAAUGGAUCACUUUCUAAAGAAUAUACGAUGUGGCUACGUGUAACUUUAAUUAGUAAGAGUGAAAUGCAUCUAAUUAAAGGAGUGCGCUAGCUUUUUAAGCUUGAGAAGAAGGCCCGCCGUGGGAGCGGCGAGAAAAAUCAGUUUUUCGCCAGAAGCAGAAGUCUAUCCUUGAUGAAUCGAGUGCUUUGAUAUUCAAUUAUGUGGAUGUAAUUAUAAGUGAAUACUGUGGAAAUUUUGUCAAUUAUUCUCAAAUUAUACCCAAAGUCGAAUUGGUAGGAAAAACACGGUGCUUUUUGAUGUGAAUGUGUCACAGAGGCAUGAUAUGAUAUUAGAGUGAAUCAAUUAAAUGGUGUAUGUCUUUUUAAUUAUUAUCGUGGUUGCCAAUAGCUGGCUGAACCCAAGAAAAAGAAGCCAUACAUUACGGUAAUACAUAAAAGUGCUACCAAUUAUCUCACUAGACAUUGAUAGAAUGAUAAGAUACCACCCCGUCUGGUAGAGGGGGCGCAUCCGUGAAAACGAUCUACCAGUGAAAUUUUCCCCAUGCACAAUUUCGUGGAACAUCAAUGGGGAGGUGUGAUAGUGUACUCUGUGUGUUAUGAUAGGUGUCAAGCAUUAGUAGUAGCUCCUUUUACCACUAGCUCAGAGAGCUAACUGCGUUAUCUACAAUAUCGAAAACAGCUGACAGUUCGUCUGGCUUAUGAUUACUGUUGCGCUGACGAAUAUAAGUGGAAAAAUCCAUUGACUAUCUGAAAAAAAAACAACAGUGGAACAACAAAAACAUAAACCUUAAAGUAAAUCAAGUAGAAGGUAAAACGGAUCGACCUCCGGACAUAACAACAGUAAAAAGAAAGAGAAUGUGAUACGCCUCAACGGACGGAAGACCGAUAGAGGUUAUCAAGCAGACAAAAAGUGCGGAUAACAGGAUGAGUUCGGAACGUACAAAGUUAUAAGUCCAGGAGAAUGCGAAAUCUCUUCUUGCAACAUAAACAGGUGAAAGUUUGGUUAGACGAGGAAAUGAAAUGUUGUCAGCUUGACACGCAUCGUAGCGGAUCACGAAAUCGCUGCGACAGGAGAGUGCUUUAGACGGCAAAACUUGGUGAAAGUGCCCGCAGUAUCAUACAACGGAAUUUUAUCUCAUUGUCAAAGUGCACUGCGUGCUGUGUACUUUCAGUUCGAAUCUAAAGUGACCUGCGGGGGGACGAGUGGAAAAGAGAAAAAUAACACAAUAAGAUGAACACCUUUCGCUUGGGGAGUGAAAAAUUUCAUUGUUCAUUUCCAGCUGUAAAGAAGAAUAUGAUGGGCACCAGAAAGGUGUUAUUUCAAACAAACGGAGAGAAAUAUUUUUUCGCGAAUGAAUGAAACUACGAUAACUAUGAUGGCAUAGUGAAACGAGACGGGCUUAAAACGAAGAAUUGGCGGAAAAUGAAACUAAACAUAUCGUUCGGAUGGAAAAUUCCAGUUAGCUGGAAACCCACGCAGCAGCGAAGCAGCACCAACGAGAUUGUGAAAAUCUCUUCUGUGGCAUAAAUGCGAUUUUCUGGAAAAGCUCGUGAAGCCGGGCUUCGGAUGCUUUACAGUUUUCAUGGUGCGAAGAGCAAGAAAAAAGUUAAAUGUGCGGCAGAAAGCAGAGUUCUUGGGCGUGAGUAAAUGUUGCCAGGAUGUUCGAAGUGGUGGAAAAAUACUGUGCUUUGGAUUGGUGCAACAGAAAUGAGUCAACAGUGCGGUUAAUAGUCGAAAAUUAGUGGUUUGCUUUUAUUUACUGUGACGCCUCGUGGAUGAAUAAUUGAGAAAAAAAUCUAUGUUUAGGUAGUAACUAAAUACCAACAACAGUCAACGAUUUGUGCGAAAAAUUCAACGACUAAGAGAACAAAUGCUGCGACCAUUAUUCGGACGAAUAUACAGAUAAGAGCAUCCCAGUUUAAGAUGCUCUUUUUUGCUGCUUUACUGGCUGUGCAUGCUGGACUUGCUGGAUCGAUUCCCAACGUACCGGAGAACAUAACCGUAACGUUCCUCACGCCAACCUCGGUCCGGGUUUCAUGGCAGACAUCGAUGGACACACACACGAUGCCAGUUGACAAAUAUGAUGUUACCUACAAGCCAACCGAUGCGAGUUACAGGGUUGUCGUAGUGGUGGCCGGUAACCGGGAAGCAGUCACACUCGGUGGACUCUCACCUGACACGCAGUACCAGCUGACGGUAGCAGCAAUCUGGAACGGACGGAAGUUUCGCAGCAGACCAAUCGUAUUCAGAACACUGGAGCCGCCAAGGACGUCUUUUCAACAGGACUCCGGUGCGCUCACUGGAAACAGUGGACCACCGAUUUCACCACAAGCCGACACGGCUGCGUCGCUGAACGGUUUCGGAAUCUUCAGCGAUGAGUUCGGCAACAUCUCGGUCAACUCGACCUCCCGAGAACUUCCAACGAUCCGUGGUGUAGAGAUCGGUAUCGUAGUGUUAGUGUUAAUAGUGUGGGCUGGUGCUAUAGCUUUAUUUUUCAAUCGAUGGGGUAAGAUCCGAAUGUUGCUUCCAUAUCAACCGGAUUACAAGCAGGAGCAGCUCAAAGUUCCUGGAACGGGCGUCUGCGUGAACGGUUCCUGCAGUGGGCAGCACUCACAUCAGCAGCCCUACCAUCCAUGGCCAGAGGAACCAUCCUCGGUGAUAUCAGAGCGAUGCACAAGAGCCCGCAUCAACUCGGCGAUAUUCGUUUCGUCCGAGGGCCGAGGAUUCGAUUCGAUUGAAUUCAUCCGACGGUACGGCUCGCAAUCGGUUCUGUGUCGAAAGGCACGCAGUGCCGAGAAUGUGUCCGCAUCGGAACGUCAGCGCCGCUAUUCCGAGUAUCCCGAAUGGGAAUCGGAGGAAAGCAAACAAAACUGUAGAGUGAACGGGAACAAUAAUAACAACAACGGUACCAGCAACAACCCACACCAGGACUCGAUCGAACUAGUGGAAUGUCACAGGGAGCCUAACUCCACACCGAACGUUAGCACUAGUAAUCCGAAAUGCGGUGGCAGCAGUAGUGGACACGUCAGCAGCAAUCCAACGCCAAAGCUAUCAAACUUGCCGACUCUGUCGGUGUCCGGGCCAUCACCGCCCCACGAGGAGGAAUUUUUGUUAUAAUCCCUGUUGUACCCAACACCAACACGAGCGUGUCAAGAUUCGAACAAUCUUCCUCCUCCCAUCCGGCGCCAAACACGUGUUGCAGUGUAACGGGUUAUCUGCUAAGCGUGAAUAAAACGGUUCACUAUGUAGGAUAAGUUACGUUGAAAAAAAACUUUACGUUAGAUUGGUUCACAAAGUCUGUGCACUGCGAACCAAUUCGCGAACCUUAGCCGAUAAUCGAACGAACUUAGCUUUAACUACGCCCGGUACACAUCCUAUGGUUUUAUAACUACAAAAAGACUCGUAUUAUAAAAUGCACACCUUAUUAAGAAAUAAAAACAAGUAGGACCGGAUUCCUCCUAGAAUUCUGUUAGUAUCCGAAAAAAAAAUGAGUGCAAAUAAGCGAUCAUUAGUAUGAGUUCAUGAAUGGAAGAAUUAGGCUUCGAAUGAUGGAAUCGAGCAAACAUCAUUCUAAACGAUGAUGUAUCAUUUUAUAUGCCAAUGAAAUAGGAACCGUCCUUCAUGAAUUAUCUACACAUUUCGAAACAACAGUAAAUAUGCUAACGUCGUGUGCGUGUUGAUUCGAAUUAUUUACGGUGAGAUUUGCUGAACGAGAGUUCGUCGUUUCAUUUCUAUUUAAGGUCGAUUUCAAAAUUAACAAGAUCAAAAUUAAUAAAUUUUAAGUUUUUGUCAAAAUCUGAAAAUAGUAGAAUUUUGAAUAUUUUUCCGAAUGUGUUAUUCAUUUUAACUGAAGAUGUUUUAUAAUCAGUUAUUACUCAUUCGAAAAUCUCUUUUUAUUUCUAUUUUCUAAAUUCUAAAUUUUAUAUUUAUUUCUAAUUUCUUUAUAUAUUCAAAACCAGAAGACAUUGUGCAUUUCCACACAUCUAUUCGAUUCCUUAGAACAUAAAUUGUGAUGGUAAGAAUAAUUUAUUAUCACGAUCGUAAUAAUUUGACAAGCAACUCACAGUUACAAUGAAAACCUUGAUUGUUUGUCCGCAGCUGCAUAACCCUUGCUUGAUCAGGAGUUCUUUUAGCAAAUUUAUCAACAAAAACCAAUUUGAACCUACUUGUGAUAUUUCCGCGAACCGUUUCCUCGUGGAACUCUGCUGUCAAAUCAUUCCAGAUCAUAGUGGAAGCAACUUUUAAGAGAAGCCUGGGUAUGAAGAACUUAGGUUCAGUUAAUAAGCAUAAAAAACUUUUCAAUCUAAAAAAAACUUUUUUUCCAACUUUUAUGACUUGAAAACUAUGUAACUUCAUAUGGCUUCCUUGUUUUUCCCUCGACGCACGUAACCAUUGGGAAUGCUUAGAUCCUCAAUUAAGUUUCUAGCAUGCGAUCCAGACCCUCAUUUUCCAUAGAUACCACUCAUUCAAUCCGCUCUUAGCCAUCUCCAACCAUGACCAUUGUGCUUGCUUUCAAAACUGUAGCUAGGAUUUGAACGUCGCAACGAGCGAAACAGCAGUCGCAACUGCAACCAGCCUCGAAUACAUUGCAUGACCUUAUGUCGGCAUUCGCAGGAUAGGCGGUACCUGGACUUAUUUAUUAUAAUUAAUUUCACAUUUUCCUUCUCUGUGUUGUUUUGUUUCAAUCUUUUAUUUCGCAGCCAAAGUUUGCCCUCGUUGGAGAACUGUGUCGACAGGGAACGAUACUGAAACGAGGGAACGAUACUGUUUGUGUUCCCCAAUUGCGUUUCCCGUGCUCCAUAGCAAGAGGGCGCGCUCAUUACCGGAACAUCGCCCAGAUAACGGUUCAGUAUGGGCGAUAAUUGCUCUUUUUUUCUCAUUCCGAAUACAGCGGUUAACAAAUACAACAAAAUACACGAGCACAGAACAACACCGCAGCAGGAUUCACACAAGCAUACAAAAACUACACCGACGGUACACUUCAUUCUCCCCAGGAAUACUUAUCGCACAACAUCGCUUGAACUAUUGAUCUAAUUGUUUCUGAAAGUGUCAUUAUCUGAAUGAAAAUAAUUGAGUGAACAUCUGAAAACGUCAAAUGUAUGUAGAAAAUUCCAACGAAAUAUUUUUAUUCAUUUAUUUAUGCAUCGCUAAUUAUGAAAGAAGAAAUUAUCUCUUCUUUUUGACGUGGGACUACGUCUAACCGGGGUAUAUGGGGGGUAAAAUGAAAACCGAAACACAUAACAUGCAGGAAAAAAUUAAAUAUUCCAAAUGCUUAUAACUCGAACAUUUCUUACUGGAUAGGAAAGAUGUUUGCAUCAAUCAAUACGGAAUAUUUCUACGAUUCUAUCGCAUUUGAUAAAAUGUUGUUUUUCAUGAGAUGACCAAUUAAAUAACUGUGAAUUGCCAAGCGUUAUCUAAACGCCCCAACUGCCUAGUUUUGAUUGGCCCGAUUAACGGUUUCCCGAACACAGACUUCAAAAUCAAUGUACCCGUGGGAAUCCGCUUAGCAAAUAUACAUGCAAGUAUGCGGUAUUUUUGUUCCAACCGAGUUGUGUUUUCCUAACACAGACUUCAAAGCAAUGUGCCUGGGGGAAUCCGCUUUACAAAUACAUGAAAGUCGAGGGUAUUUUUGUUUCGACUGAAAUGUGUUUCCUUAACACAGACUUCAAAUCCAAGGAGCGUGGUGAAAUUAGCAUUGCAAAUACAUGUAAGUCGAGAGCAUUUUUGUUCAGACUGAAGCGUGUUUCCCUAACACAGACUUCUAAUCCAUGGAGCGUGGGGAAAUUGGCAAAAGCAAAUCGGGGGCAUUUUUGUUCCGACUGAAAUGUGUUUGUAUAACACAGACUUCAAAACCAAGAUGUUAUCAUACCAAACGUAAAAGGACUGUCAUUAAAUUUACUUGUAACGAAGAACAUAAUCUAUCACAAUGCAUGAAUUGAUCUUAUAAGGCAUUAUACAAUCUUUUUACUCUACUUUUUACUCUACUUUUUACUUUACUUUUUUUCAAAAUCAUGAAGCCUGAGGAAAUCGACAUUGCAAAAAAGAAGCGAGCUGCAGAUACUUUUGUAUUCGCUAGAGUUUCUGCAAAUCGUAAUGGUUCCGUAACACAGACUUCAAAAUCAUGAAGCCUGCGGAAAUCGGCAUUGCAAAAUAGAUGCAAACUGCGGGUACUUUUGUACUCGCUUGCAUUUUUACAAACCGAAAUGUGUUUUCCCAAUACAAAGUCCGAAACCAUGAAGUACGAAAAAUCGGCAUUGCAGAUACAUUCAAGCCGGUAAUACUUUUAUACCACCAUGCAUUCUUUAAACUCCGGAAUUCGUUUUGCUAACACGGCCUACAAAAGCGGGUACAAAUGCAACGCUUUGGCUCGAUUAUUCAAGACUGCAUUGGAAGAUAUCUCUUCAUGUCGCCUAAUUGAAGAAAUACAAUUGAAUACUAAGCCAACGGCGGUCCUACGUCAACCUUGCGGUUAUAUAUCCAUCCAUAGUUUUUCAAUUUUAUAUACGAAUGCUCAGGUAGUGACACUUAAACAACUGUAGUUUGUGAACAAAUAAACGGAAUGUCAUGAAACUUCACAUAUAAGCUAGUGACAGAUGAACCUCUCAAAAUUAAUUUUGUUCAUUUUACAGGUUGACAGAUGCAAUAUCUGACGUCUAGAUGGUGGAGAAAUGAAGCGUAUGAAUGCUUUGAGUGUAGUUAAAUACGAUUGAAGUUGUCUAGUGAUUUGUAAUGUUUUUCCUAUCGCGUCAACUACGUCAAACGCUUUUGAAUAUUCAACUUGACUUCCCUAUAUAGAGCACUCAUGCAGAAAAUCUACUCAAAGCUUCCUUGACGUUCUAUUAACCACUUACCAUUAACUUAACUAGAAUUAUCCUUUCAGCGCACCUCUUCCCUAGCUAACGAUGCCAUAUUGAACCCUGCCGCUAUCCAGCGAUCCACCAGAAUCUCUGGUGCAAGAAUGAAUGAUGAAAAAUCCUAGCGCAAAAUAUACCCCCACUAGUUCGAAUCCAUGAUCGAUUGUAGUAUACGUGAACAUUCAAUAUUGGCACUGUUGCUUUUAUCAAACAAGACGGUUUCUUGGACAUGGUGUAACAAUCUCUACCCCUACUCGUGAUAAAACAUUCCAUUUUGUCCACAUUGUUCAUUGCCAAUGGCACAAUUGCAAUCUCGAUAGGACAGCCGCUUUGUUCAAAAUUAUCAGAGAGAGCGCAGUGUUUUUGCUGGCAGCGAGAACAUGCUCCAACCACUACACAAUCACAACCGAGAGGAUUUCCGAGCUGGCUCCCGUUUACAUACAGAUUCUUGUGAUUUCAAUAGGCUUUUUUCAAAGCAAUUUUUUCGGGUCAAUUAGUAACAAAUAUCGAUCGUAGACAUUUUCAUUUCAAAUGAAGUGAUUGUCAGUCAUGUCAUGUCAAAUGAUUGUCAUAUCACGAGUUCAAUCGAAGAAAUCGCUUGGACUGAAAUAUAAAAAUAUUCAUUCAAAGAAGUUUUGUUUUAUUUUUUGUUAUUUUUUGUGUUUAUUUGCGAAUAUUCAAUGUCGAAAACGGCUUUAUUCUAUAUCUUACUUUGGCUUGUGUAUUAUUCUUCCGAGGGAAAAAGUGAAUCAUGCAACAACUAUCUUCUGUCAAUUGUUCCUACUAAAGAAUUAUUCAAAAAAUUUGGAUCAGUGCGGUGAAAAAAAACAAGAAGUAAGUUUUAUUUGUGAUAUAACCGCAAGGUGGAGGUAGGACUACCGUUGACUUAGCAAUCAAUAAGUAACAAGCAUAUCGCUCUUAGACAUUUCAUCUUUCGAAUGGGGUGAUUUUCAUAUCUCUUCGUUUAGCCCGAAAAGAAUUAUUAGCGAAUUAUGCGGCUCCGUUCAGCACAAAAGAAAUGGGAAGGAGAAAAAGCAUAGAGUUUGGCGAGCUAACAAGGCCAUUCUCAUAUCACUUCGCAAUCACAGCUUUCUACAUCUUCUUCUUCUUCUUGUUGAAUUGUAGAGACUUUAAAUGUGUGCAGUUCAUUUAUCUCUAGCCUUGAGAAGGGCUCUUGUGGACAACUCAAUCCAAACUUUUUCACCACCUGCCUUGAAAAAGACACUUCAUUGUCGUUCGACGCUCCUCAGCAAACCGUGUCCGUUCCCGCAAACAUCAAACGACGUUCUUGGAAUGAUUUUCCGAGCGGGCAUUAGUUUAUAUACAGAUUUGUGAUGUCGUUCGUCUGUUUUCAAAGCAAUUUGUAAGCCAUUGAAAAAAGUUUUCGUGUCAAUAAUUAAUAAGCAUAUAGUUCUCAGAUACUUUAUCUUUUGAAUAAAAUGGUUACAAUCCGCUUCGUUGAGCUGGAAAAGAAUUAUUAACGCUCAAAUCAGGAAUCGAUACCUCCUCGAAAAUGCUCGGCACAAAUAAUACUUCCCUCCCCGCCAAUUAGUAUCAUCGGUUGAAUGUAGCAUUUCAUUUCCUUCGCUAUGGAAUCCAUAGUCAGCGUCAUCAUCUAUCAACAAUCUGUAUCAAAUUGUCAUUCACUCAUCGUAUUUCGCUAAACGCUUCGUUCGAUCGGUUUGCAGAAAAGAAAUAAAGUUGGGAGAGAAGAGCAUAGUGUUUAAGGUGAAGGUGGAAGGAAGCCCCAAAUGGCUGCCACAAUGGCGCUCAUUUCUUCCAUCACCCUCCCUCACCCCUCGCCCGAUGUGCAAAAAAAUCAAUAAUUUUGCGAAACAGUGUGUAGUAAAUAAUCGUUUUCGCACACUUCCCAUCAAGUAAUAUCAACCAAACUCUAAUCGAUUACUCACAAGAUAUUAAAUUUUCAUCUGCCGUCGCAAUGUAUAAUGAAAAACGUCGGAAAACUUGAGUUAGUGCUCUGAAAGUUAAAUUUUCAUUUUUCAAUUUUCCGCAAUGGUUUUGUUUGUACUGGUAAAAGCAUCGUGAUUUUCCGUCACUGAUGCCAGACAACAUUAUCGAAGAGCUAUAAGCAUCGUUUCAUCGACACUGAUGCCAGACAACAUCAACGAAACAGCUAUAAAAACCACUCAAUAAAAUGUUAUUCUUGAGUCAUAGUGUUUCAUGUCAUGAAAUUGAUAAAAUAAAAUUGCGUUCAUGUCAAUACAAUUAUAAUUUUUACAUUGGUGAAGAAAAUUGUACUGCAAAGCUCAAAACUCUGCCAUGGCUACCUAUGUUGUCAAAAAUAGUAAUGGGAAAAGUAUUACAUUCAAUCAAAAUGCCUCGGCUAACGAAGAGAAAGGUUAAAGCUCUCCAACGUGAAUAUGUGAAAAAAAUACGAUCAACGAAGGAAAAUAUUGAGAAAUUAUCAACUAUAAUCAACUGUUAGAUGGUCUGCUUUGGGCUCCUCAAACACCUUGGUUUUCUGAAUUCACUGAAUACAAUAAGUUCAAAUUUGUGACUUCCCGUGGUGUUGCUACAAUGUAAGAUCGCAAUUCUUUCCUUGCUAUUUUUAUGCCCUGAAACAUUCUUUCAGUCUCAAUGGCUAAAGUAUAAGUGGAAAUAAAUCGCAUGUGUUAAAUUGGAUCAUGUUACGCUCGCGUAUAAUCAGAAUUUUACUUCAUAUGCAAAUACACCUUCUAUAUAUACAGCCAUUCCAUGCCAAACCGAUGUAGUGGUUCUCAGAUUUUCGUAAAAAGUGGUAAUUUUGUUCUUUAUCGCAAAACAUUAGACCCGUAUUUUCUAAUUUUUUUAUUAGGGUGCCCAUUUCUAUUUAAGGGUUGUCCAAAAAAUCAAUGUUUCCCUUUUUUUUUCCAAAAAUGGUUUUUUUUAAAUUCAUAUCUUUUGAACUACUAAACCGAUUCAGAUGAUCGAUAUAUCAAAUUAAAGUCAAUUAGCUAGCCUUUGACAAAUGACAAAUAUGCCAAUUAAUUGAUUUCUAGUCGCACAAAUCUAGUCUAGUCGCACAGAAAUAUUGAACGAAGACUGAAAACAUGUUAAAUUUGAAAAAUCAUAACUUAAAAACGAAAAAUAACACGUGUCUGAUUUUUGAAUAUGCUAUGUAACAAAAACUCAGCUUUCAAUAAAAAAUAUAAAAAAUAUAUAGCACCCGUGGUCCCGAAACCAUGUAAACUAUAAAAAACUGAUACAUAAUUACGAAAUCAAAAUCCAAAAAAGACUAUCUAAUUGGAUUCAAUUUUAUGUGUCGAUCAUCUGAAUCGGUCCAGUAGAUCAAAAGUUGUGAAUUUUUGUGUUGGAAAAAAGGGGGAAAAAUUGAUUUUUCGAACCAUCGAUUAAUUUUGAAAAAUCAUAACUCAAAAACGUAAAAAACGCCUCUCUGGUUUCGACAUAUGUUAUGUGAAAAAUCCCCGGCUUUUCAGAAAAAAUAUAAAAAAAUAUAGCGCCCUUGGUCCCGAGACAACGGAAACAAUAUAAAACGAAUACAAUCAAUAAUAACGAGAACAGAAUUCGAAUUCUCUGCAGAUGUAGUAUUUUUUUCAAUUUGAUAUGUCGUUCAUCUGAAUCGGUCUAGUAGUUCAAAAGUUAUGAAUUUUUAAAAAAAGUCAUUUUUGGAAAAAACAGGAAGAAGUUGAUUUUUCGGAUAACCCUAAAAUGGAAAUGGUCACCCUAAUGAAAAAAUAAAAAAUAAACGGGUGUAAUGUUUGCGAUAAAGAACAAAACUAUCACUUUUCGCUAAAAUCAGAGAACCACUAUAUCGGUUUGGCAUGAAAUGGCUGUAUAUUUAUAUUUGUAAUUGUUCAUCGGAGUUCAAUACAUCGUUCAUACGUUUUACUUCAGUAUUGAAUUGUUAUCUUUUUCAAAUGUAUUCUAAGACUCGAGUCAGUGAAGCGCCACACAGUCUGAUAAGUGAAUUAAUUUAUUUACGUACCAAACCCAAAACAAAUAGUGUGCUUUGCUCUUCUCUCACAUUACCCCAUGAAAAAACGUGGUUUUAUUUCUACUACCACAAUGGCUUCGUCCCACUUCGUCCCUUCCCUUCGGCACGGUAGACGGGCAGGUUUACCUUAAGGAGUGCCUACAGAAGCGCUUACUACCACUAUUGAAGCAGCACGAGGGCCCGACCAUCUUCUGGCCGGAUCUCGCUUCGUGCCACUAUUCAAAGGACGUGUUGGAGUGGUACGAAGCCAACGGGGUCACCUUCGUGCCAAAGGAAAUGAACCCGCCCAACGCGCCGGAGCUUCGCCCAAUGGAGAAAUAUUGGGCGAUUAUGAAGCAGACCCUGCGGAAGAACCCAAAAGUUGUCAAAUCGGAGGCGGACUUCAAGAGAAAAUGGAUUUCUGUUCAAAAAAAACUACAACCUGACGUUGUACAGAACCUUAUGGACGGGGUAAAGAGGAAGGUGCGAGCAUACGGGCUUGGGCUUGAAGUAUGAAUAAAAAGAAAAUGCCAAAAGUUGUUUAAUAGUUUUUAUUUUACUGUCUAAAAUUUUCAAAAGGAUCGGUCUACUGGGCGGAUUUCUACAGCGUUUUAUCCGUGAUGCAAUUUGAUGUGACACACCCUUUAUUUGAUUUUGUGUCUUUGAAAAACGUAUAAUUAUGACAUAAUCGUAUAGUACGAAUUUUGGUUGAUUUUUUCAGAGUUAAUUUUUGUGGAGACAAUUGAUGAUGAAUUUAUUCAAUGUACUUAAGCGCUACAAGUUAUCAUGAAUUUGUAAACAGGACUCUUCACAAAGCCGGAGGUUAAAGACAGGCAAAUCACGAAUCCAGUCAGAAUUGCGGGUCACUACGAGCAUGCACUAGAGUCCAGUAGAUUCUCUCAUGACGAAAACUAAUGUGAACAUGCUGAUACUGUGAAAUUGUUAUCGCCGUUCCCGUUCCCGCGCCGUAAUCAAAAAAAUUGAUAAUUUCAUGGACAUCAGCGAAAUCUUUGAAGAACUAUUCUACCCACUCCCUAUUACUCAAACGCAUACUGCCGAUAAUGGUAAUUCGAUGUACAAAAUUUAAUCUAUAAUUAAUAAUUUCCGAUUAUUUUUUUAUUUUAAAUAUUUUUGGAACAUAAUUUAAGAAAAUAUGAGUUGUUUUUCAAACGGCAGCAGAAUAAUUCAAUUUUUUUUUUUCAAUAAAGACUACGCCAACAUUAUUAUUCAAGUAGAAACAAUGAAUGUAAUGAUGAUAAGGUUUCGCUCAAACUCUGAUCACACCAUUAUGUCCAAAUACAUGUAUAAUAGAUGUUACAACAGAUGUAUCUAUGAUAGUACAAGAUAAACAGACCUCCCAUUCGAAUACACACUUUCCACAGAGAAACGAUUACCAGUAUAGAUAUGAACAAAACAAAUUCGUUGUACUCAAGUGAUCCAUAUUUACCAAAAACCAAAAAAUCAUUAACGGAAGAAGAAAAACAUUCAACCAUAAACGGGACCAUACCGUGUCUUGUUUUAGAUUCCCUCCAGAGCUUAAGUGUAAGGAUCGACGAAGGAAACGACAAGCUAACUAGUGAAAAGUUUUAAAUUUUUUUUAGAAGAGUUUGUAGUCGGUAUCAAUAGUAAAAUAUCAAUGAAAAAGACAAACAACAAAUCGAUACCCCACUUGAUGUCAAUGUGUCCUAUUUUGAGGAUUUCUCCUAGUGUUACGUAUCAGAUCAAAGAAGUUGCUAUUCCGACUAAAAAUAAAAUGAAUUUUCUAUGAACAUUGAAUUUUAUGGCAAAUAUUAAAUAUUAUACACAAUAAACGUAGUGGAUACAUCUCUAUAUAUAUACAUAAAUUUAGCAAUUGGAGCUAAAUAUCGAAACGAAUGCCGAGCAAGGAACGAUUCUACUUAUCAUCCCCAACAAGGAUACCACACUAUAUUACGCCUUAUUACUCCUGGAGUUAUCUGAUGUUAGAAUGACAGUAAUGAAACACCACUAUAUAUUGUAGGCUCAUGGUAAAGAUAAAAAUACUAAAUAUGACAAA